CAGGGGACUAUAAAGUUACAAAACCCUCACUUAACCCCUCCACCCUCUCACUCCAAAAUGCUCCUCCAACGAUCCACCCGCCUCCUGACCCGAUCCACCCUCCGCCGCUUCUCCCACUCCGCCGCCGCCCUCGUCCAACCCGACCCGCCGCAACCCGACCCAUUUACCUACCUCCCCGACCUCCCCAAACCCGACCCGAAACACGCCGAGACGAUCCUCGCAAUCCCCCGCGCAAUCUCGGGCAAGAACAUCUCGGCGAAGGAGCGGAAAGCGGGUCGGGUCCCCAGCAUUGUGUUCGAGCAAGAAGACGGGCAGCACGGCGGCAAUAAGAGACUCAUUUCGGUGGAGACUAAUCAGAUUAAGAAGCUGGUGAAACAUUUGGGGAAGUCUUUCUUUAUGUCCAGAUUGUUUGAGCUGGAAGUUAGGCCGGAGUUUGGGUCGGAUCAGGUUGUCGAAAAAGUUCGGGUUUUGCCGAGACUUGUUCAUUUGCAAGCUGGUACAGAUGCAGUAUUAAAUGUGACAUUCAUAAGGGCCCCGUCACAUGCUUGGUUAAAAGUUGAAGUUCCUCUUAUGUUUAUAGGAGAUGAUGUAUCUCCUGGGUUGAAGAAAGGAGCAUACUUGAACGUAAUCAAGAGAAAGGUCAAGUACUUGUGCCCAGCAGAUGUUAUUCCACCCUAUAUUGAGGUUGAUCUCAGUGGAUUGGAUGUGGGGCAGAAACUAGUAAUGGGGGAUCUUAGGGUUCACCCCGCUUUAAAGCUACUUCAGUCGGAGGAUGAAGCUGUUGUCAAGAUUGCAGGAGCAAGAGUAUCGGAGCAACAAAAAAAAGAGAAAGCUUCUGAAAAGAAAAAAUAAGACAAAACACUUGAUGCUACCUUCUUUUUUUGGUUUGGUUCAGCCUACUACGACAAAGAUUGCCGGUUGACGCGAUUAUUGCAAGUUUUUUGCUUAGGUGCUUGAAAGAAGUACUGGCGAUUAUUGAGGUUAACCAAGUUUGUGUUUACUUUUCAGUACAAUGUCAUUUAAAUUGGAGUAAAUAAUUAUAUACAUUUAUGCUUUUUAAA